AGAAAUUUGUCAUUGAGGCUGCAUGGACAAGAAGAUCUCGGAGUGAAGCUGCAAAAAGGCCCAACAGGAAAUCAUGGAAACAAAGGACGGAUAUGUAUUUGAGACCUUUUUUACUAAACAUUUUCUUUUCAAAACGAUUUAUCCAUGCAAAAGUCAUGCAUCGAGGAACCAGCAAGGUGAUCUCUGUAGCUACCACAAACGCGAAAGACUUAAGGAACACAUUGCCUUCCCUUAUUGACAACAAUGCUGCCAGGGUGAUAGGCAAGUUGAUUGCAGAGCGAUCAAAAGAAGCUGAUGUCUACGCCAUUGCAUAUGAGCCCGGAAGGAAUGAACGAAUUGAAGGUAGACUUGGGAUUAUUCUCGACACUAUCCAAGAAAAUGGCAUCAUAUUUGUUUAAUAUUUCACCUUUUGUGUUUGUUACUUGCAACUAGCUAUAUUAGGUUUUUUUAGUAUCAGUUAUUCCCAACUGUUAGACCCAUACGUCUUCUGUAUUCUUCAGAGCUCGUCUUUAUAGCAUGUGAUAGAGUUAUUUGCCAAAAGAUUGUUCUAUUAUUGUGGUACCAGAGGUCUCGCGGAUUUGACCUUUAUAGGGACUAAUAGCAUUAUAUUUGAGCAAAUGAGAAUGGUGCACGUCCAGUUAGCCAA